GCAAAGAAAACAGUCGGAGAGAGAGGGAGAAGAGGCAGAGGGCUGGGCCACGCAGAAAAAGGGACCACUCAGAGACGAGACCCAGCGGCGAGGGCAGAGCUCUCCAGCACCGCGUGGACAGCGGGAGGAGAGCCUAGGGGGGCACGGAGGCUGAGCGCCCAGCGCUUGGACCCUAGAUUGCAGGAGGCGCUCGGAGUCGCCCAGGCUUGGGACGAGAGCACUUCGAGCGCUCGUUUCACGCACCUCGGGGUCCUGCGCAAGGCCACCCGCGAUGAGCGAGAGCAGCCGCCUGUGCUCGGGCUAUUACAGCCUCAACCGCAGCUUCGUGGAGUCCUUCCAGUGCCCGCGGCGUGGCGACGGGGCCGCGCUGCUCUACUGCUGUGGCUUCGCAGACCUCAAGUACUGCUGCAGCGAGCCGGGCAGCUACUUCCCCUACAAGCACAGCUACAUGUGGAGCCUCAGCAUUGGUGCUCUGAUUGGAUUGGGAAUCGCUGCCCUUGUUCUACUUGCCUUUGUCAUCAGCGUCUGUGUCCUUUGCUAUUUAUUUCUUUACACAAAGCCUCAAAGAUUAGACAAUGGCCUUAAACUUCAGCACCUAGAGGCGUCUUCUAUUCUAGAAGGUAACUUAAAUAGGAAAAGCAAAGGCCUCAUUUCCAAUGCAGCAUCAAAUUCGACAAAUGAGACAUUCUAUGAAGCUGAUGAUGUCACUCAAGAAAAAACAAUGGAUACAACACAAAUCAAUGUUUCCUAUUAGCUAAAAUCCUUGUUUUAAAAGCUUAUUGGAGAAAAGGAGCAUUAAGAAUAAAGAAUGCAAAAAAAUAA